GCGCGGACGGGUGAUGGAGUGAGGGGAGCGCUGGCUCCUCCGCUCCAGCUCGGAGCCACCGCCGAGCGCCGCCGCCAGCCACACGGAGCCGAGGCCGCGGCCGCACUGCCCUGCUCUCCAUGGCUCCGGAGGAGAUGCUUCAGAAACUUGCUGUGUGUUUACCACGGGUUCUACCAACCAGCUGGAGAGGAGACUUACCUAUUCUUUCAUUAGCCAAGCAUAUCAUUAUCUUGAAUUAACUAUUCCUCUACACAUGGCCUUCCUACUGGUGUCAGCUUAUCUUCUGCUGACUCAUGCUCAGGGUGCUCCUGUUGAGAACGGGGCACUGUUGGAAACAUUGAAGUCACAAGUAGGAUUAUUCAGCAAUAAAAGUGAACACUAUUUGGCACAGGUGAGACCUCCUGGAACAAGCCGACAAAUACCUCAGACAAUCAUCAUAGGAGUUCGUAAAGGAGGGACAAGGGCUUUGCUGGAAAUGUUGGAUAUUCAUCCUAAUAUUGUGGUGGCAGCUACAGAAGUCCACUUCUUUGACUGGGAUGAAAAUUAUGUAAAAGGAAUAGACUGGUAUAGAAGUCUGAUGCCAUUUUCUUAUGGAAAUCAAAUUACAAUUGAGAAAACACCAGGCUAUUUUACAUCACCACAGGCUCCAGGAAGAAUUCAUGACAUGAAUAGCUCCAUUAAACUGCUGCUCAUUCUAAGAGAUCCCACUGAGAGAGUUAUAUCUGACUAUACCCAAGUAUAUUACAACAGAGUAGAAAGCCACAAGCCUGUUCAGCUUUUUGAAGAUAUUGUUAUUAAGAAUGGAGCACUUAAUACCAAAUACAAAGCUAUUCAGAGAAGUCUAUAUGAUGUUCAUAUGGAAAAGUGGCUUAAGCAUUUCAGUUUGGAUCAAAUUCACAUAGUGGAUGGCAAUACUUUAAUCAAGGACCCUCUUCCUGAAUUACAAAAAGUUGAAAGAUUUCUAAAUCUUCCUUCCAGAAUUAUGUCUUCUAAUUUUUAUUUUAACCAAACCAAGGGAUUCUACUGCAUUAGAAGUGACGGAAGGGAGAGAUGUUUACAUGAAUCCAAAGGGCGUCCCCAUCCUCUUGUUAACAACACUGUUUUAGAGCAACUGUAUUCUUACUUCAGAGAGCACAAUGCAAAAUUUUACAGGAUGGUUAAUCAUUCCUUUGACUGGCAUUAAUGCAUUUGGAAUCAGUGUUUCUUUAAAAGGGCCUACAACAAACCGUUUCAAACAUCUUUCUAAACUGCAGAGAUUCCUACUAUGAGAACAUACUGGUAGUGUGCUUCAUGGGAAUAGCAUUAACUUAUUGAAAUGGUACCCUUUAGGCUGGGGAAGCAGAAGUUUCACAUUUGUAUGAUUACUGUGAGUCAUAGUCUGACCUUCAUCUUUUCAUCAUGCAAAUAUGUUGACUUCGGCAGACUUCUUUCAGAUACACAUCUAUUACAAAAUUUGUGCUGUAUAGGAAAAAUGACUGCUUCUAACUAUGUAAAAAUGUAAAUAUUUGAAAUGGGAUUAUUCUGUUAUGUAUUUUUUGUUCUUAGUAUUUUUUAUAUCAUGCACAAUUGAUAGAGGUGUUGAUUUCUAGAAUUUUUCAUACAGUAAAUUAAAUUGUAUGUUAGAACAGGGGCAUAUAUAGUGGCUCCAAUAAAUAAUUCAUCCCCUGUUAAUGUUGAAUUAAUCAAUUAAUAAUAAAAGGAAUCUACUUCAUCUGUGAUUUUGAAUAGGUGAAGUAGAAGCUCCCUGUCUGUAGACCAUUAGCAUUAAACUACACUCUUAUUAUCUUGGAUCUGGAAAAAUAAAUAAAUAAAUAAAUAAAUCUCCAAGCAAAGUAAGAAUAUGAACUGUCUGAAGAAGUUUAAGGUGAGAGUUCUGAAUGUAAAGAAAUUAAAAUAUCAACCUCAACUUACACUGUUAUUUUGUACACUAAAAAAAAAUAAAAUAUCAACAAAAAAAUGCAAAAACAUCAUUAAUAUUAGGAACCAUGCAAAUAUUUUAUUAUAAAAAUUGUCUUGCUUUACUCUUGAGUGAAAAAUUUUCUCAUUAGUACUACCAUAUGGAUCAUGUUUGUAUUCUGUUGUUAUUCUGUUCUGGCUUUUGUUUGCACAUAUCCAUUGGCACACUGAUUCUUGCUAACAAAAAAAACCCAAGAAACAAAAAACUGCUUGCCCUCCAAAGCAUAGAGUAUUUUUAUUUUGUCAUUUCUAAUGCAGACCAUGGGAUGCUUUCAUAGUUAAAAUAAUAUCUUGUUAUGCUGUAUAUCUCAGACACCAUGUUCCAUAUGCUAGGUAUUACAUACUUGUGUUAUAUAUAAAAAACAUUUAUCUAUGCUCCUGCAUUAGGAAUUUUUUACUUGUUUUGUUUUGUUUGAUGGUAUUGUACUCAUGUGUUCUCCAUUUUCAUAUAAACAUUUUAUUAUAUAUCAAUACCAAAGAAGAUCAACUUGAAACAUUAAAUAUGGUGCCAGAUACAAUUACAAAUACAGAUAUGCUUGUUUGACAUUGUACCUUGCAAUCCAGAAACUCCGGUACACCCCUUUAGUAGAACAUUCAUUAGGUGCAUUCCUCUUCAUCUUCUCAGAACACUGGUGAUUUCUAGUUGUGUGGGCACACUCUUAUCCUCACAGCAUCAAACUCUGCUCAACGCUGCUGAAGAUCCUGGAUCUGUGUCCUUCUGUCUAAGCCACUAUUCAGCCUAUAGGAGCAGAUGUUCUUAAAAUGUGAUUCAGUCUUCCGCUUCACAAGCUAGAAGGUAUGUAUUGCACAGCUAAUUUUAAGGCUUCUAAUACUUUAUGAGGGGGCAACUUAUAUGCUAGGCAGGUAUGGCAGCAUUCCACUGAAGCUGAACAAAAUCAAACACAACCAGAUUAUGUGGAAAUAAUCUUCAUCAAAUAUUCCCUCAAUAAAUAGAAAGCAUUAAAGAUAGUAUAAUAAAUCUUAUUCUUGAUCUCUUCUACUACUUUUAUGUGUAUACAUGAAAGAAAAUUAUAUUUGUCAUUAGCAUAUAAUUAAUCUCUGAAAUAAUCUUUCUUAAGUAUGCUAUUACUACAUCUCUGGUUUUUACAGAUGGCCUAAAUUGUUAUUCUUCCACCUUUUUGAGAAUUCUGAAUCAUUGGUCAGAUCUGGACACUAAUCAGAAGUAUAUAGUUGAUCUAAAUCAGGUGUGGAAAUACAAAUUCAUUUCUUUCAAAUUAGCCAAAGAAGAGGAUGUUUAUGCUGGUCUUAUACGAUCUCUACAAGGACAUUAUAUAGGAAAACUGUAGUAAUUACAGUGGUGUAGUCUACCAGUACUUUCUUUGUCAUUUGUCAGGUAAAAACCUAUCCCAGAAAAAUUCUGAGCUCUGAAUCAGCAGGGUGAUUUUACAUUGAACUAACACUGUGUUUUGUGAACACAACACUUUUAGCUGGUAACGGAAGACUCAAAUCCAAAUUUCCUAUAUUGUUUAACACAGCCUGUUCUUUCUGACGGGCACAACCCCAGUGAUGAAUGAAACUCAUUCCUGUCCACUAAUUUCAGAAAUACAGUACUGAAGGUAGAAACAUACCAGCAGUAUGUAUCAUACAUUGUAGUUUUUCUUUCAGCAUUGUGUUCUGUUUCUUAUACAUUCUAUUUGUUUUGCUUCUUUUCAAUGAUGCGUCAAAUAGUAGUGAGUAAGAAAAAGGUUCUUUUCUUUUUGAGGGCUUUUGGAGGUUUGGGGAAUUUUUUUGUUUGUGGGUUUGUUUUGGUUUUUUGUUGUUUUCUUUUUUUUAUCCAAGAACCUAAUUUGGAAACAAUGUAUGCUUUAACAAAGGUUUCAGGUAGUUUGCCAGUAAUUGAAGAGUUCACAUGUCUAUAUGUCACAUUCAAUUUCACAGACUUCCAAGAAAAAAAAAUUCUAAUGCCUUUCUGUAUUUGUGCUUGCAGCCAUCAAGUCUUUCUUUUUCUUCUCUGAAGUUUACAGCAAAUCUUUAGAGUUGAAUGCAGGAACAGCGGUUGAUAGAAGCUGCAUGCAUCUUUGAAAAUGCAGAUCCCUUUCUGGAGUUUACAUUUCAAGGACAGCUGAUCUGUAUAGAUCAGUGAUGCAUAUAUCUACAUGAUUUGUUAGCACUCUUCACUCUGCUCAGCAUUUCCGGGAAGGACAGAGUUGAUGGAAUGAAUUUAAUGAUCACUUUAGAGUUUACCAAUACCAGAAGAAAUAUAUUAUGCCUAGAAUAAUUUGAGUGAGAGGUUGUUUGUUUAGAUUUGGUUUUACACAAAUCAAGACGCUUGUCUGAAGUUUUGUUUUGGUGAAUGGUCUAAAACCUCAACCUCUGCAUUACAGAAUUCAAUAAAU